AUGGUUGUGCUUACACCUCUUAACAAGGCUAGCGCAACACUUGUUGCCUUUCUAGCUCUUUCAAUUGCAAACGCUUCCGCUCCUGCUGGUUCUGGAACUCAAGCUUAUAUUGCAGCCGCUAACGCUGAAGUUUCUCCAUUAGUUUAUCAAAACCCCUCUCUUGAUUUAAAAAAACGAGGGUUUACUUUUACCGAUUCUGAGCCAGAGUCAUAUGAAGAUGAAGAUGAAGAAAAUGAUGAAGAUCGACCAAGAGGCCGCUUGGUUAGGGCAGAAUCCAUUUUACGUCGCCUCAUGAGUUUUCCUUCAGAUUUGAAAAAAAACUUUAUGAGUCAAUCAUAUCGUACUGAAGCUACAUCUGAGGACACUGAAGAGGUUGAAGAUAAGAGGUGGGUAGAUGAACUUGUUGACGAAGAAGAUUAUUAUGGUGAUGAAUUUGAAAAUGACGCUUUUGAAGAAGAUGAUGAUUACGAUGACUGUGACAAUGGUAAUGACGAUGAUGACGGUUCUCAAUGGCAUACCAAAAAGGCUUCCGCUCACCUUGAUCGCUCUUCAGGAUUUAAUCGGCCAGUACGCACACGCUUUUCUAGAGAAACUUCACAAGGUCUUGCUCCUUUCCCCAAAUGGCUAGCUGAUAUUACACACUUGACACAAUGGCCCGGUCGUGAUGCACCAUUUAUCCCCAUGGCUGGAAUUAACCUUACUGGAAUCCCUGAUGUUCCACGUCGUGAACUUGGUGAUUGUACCAAAGUCACCCUUGAGCAUUGCUCCUUUGACUGCUACAGAUGCAUGGCUGUGGAUGAAAUGAUGACAUGCUCUGUCAUGUCACAAACUUUUGAUGAUGGCCCCAGUCCAGGAACUCCCAAACUUUUGGACCAUCUUCCAACAAAGACUACUUUUUUCACUCAAGGUAUUAACGUUGUGAGGUUCCCUGAUACAUUUCGAGAGCAACAUGCUAAAGGUCACUUGCUGGCUUCACAUACUUGGAGCCAUUCAAACUUGGCUGGAGUUAGCAAUGAAGAAAUCACUGCCCAGAUUCAAUGGUCCAUUUGGGCCAUGAAUGCAACAGCUGGAAUAAUUCCUAAGUUUUUCCGCCCUCCUUAUGGUGCCAGUGACAACCGUGUCAGAGCUAUUAUCCGCCAAUUUGGUCUCAUGUCAGUUUUUUGGGACCACGAUACCUUUGACUGGCAAGUUAAUGACAAGAAGAAGACUCCUGAGCAAGUUAUUUUAGAUGUAAAAGGCUGGAAACAAGAUCUUUCAAAGGGCGGUAUUAUCCUCGAGCAUGACUCGACCAUUGAUACUGUUAAUUUGGGUGUAGAUGUGGCCAAGGUCUUGGGAUCUAACCAGUUUACGGUAGCAGACUGUAUCAACAGCAAGUGGUAUCAAACAAAUGUUACUUGGCAGUAG